UGGUGUGCGAGGUUCAAGUUGCGGCGGCCGUGGUUUCCCCCCGAUCGCCCCGGCUAAACAACUGUGCAUGCAGAUGCUACCUCACUUACAUCAUCCAAACAUAACCUCGCAUCACGUGGACAUCACAUCCAUCUCAAAAAGAAAAAGAAAAAAUAUAGAAAAAAGUUUCUCAAAAAAUAAUCUCACUUACAUCGUCCAAACAUAACCUCCAAGAAAAAAAAUCAAAAACUUUCUCAACGCGACCAACCAACAUGCGCCACAUGGCAUAGCCGGCUCGCCAUCCUUCCGGUGCGCCUUAAUGGGUUUAAUUAAAAUAUGAUUGUGACUUUAAAAAAAUGUUUGCACAAUGUAAAAAAAAUACUUUCGUAAUUUUAAAAUAAUGUUUCAUAUCAUUGGAAAAAAAAAUUCUGACAUUUAUAAAAAAUUCGUGUGUUCCAAAGUUUUACAAAAAGAUUAUACAAUGUAAAAAAAUGUUAGAAUAAUAUCAAAACAUGACAAUGUGUAAGCUGGUGGAAAAGAUGGUAAUUCAACACGGCCAAGGGUCUGGCCCAAGCUGACACUAAAAAAAAAUAUUCAGCAUGUACGUAUAAAAAUGAUUUAUGUGUAUGCAAAAAAUGUACAAUGUGUAUUCGAAAUAGUCUACAUGUAUUUGGAAAGAGAUAAAUAAAAGGAAAAAAUAAAAAGAAGGAAGCUGAUUUUCACCCGCAAAAAAUAAACAGAAAAAGCACCUGUAAACAAAGAAAAGAAAUACACACAGAAGAUUCUAUUACAGGUUUGAACCGGCCUAUGCAACCUUCGUAAAAUCACUCUACAGUGCUGGGCUGGCCAUUAGCUGCUCGCCAGAGGCGAGAUGAGGGUAAGUAAUGUCGCCGUAAGCGAGACAUAGCCCUCGCGGAUGUCUGGCCCAAGCUGAAACUGAAAAAAAAAUGUCUGGGCCAAAAGCCCACGUGAUAUUUCUGCUGGUCCUGCGCUUCGGCCGAGCGAGCCGAUCCCCAAAUCCGGGACAACGCCGGCCGCCGGCCACUGUUCCUUCCUUGGGGCAUCCACCUACCCACGGACGGAGAUCUCUCGACGUGGCGUCGCCGCGGAGUGCCGUGCCGAUGAGCUGGCGCGGGAGGCCGCCGGCGACCGGGGAGGACGAGGGAGAUGGCCGCGUCUCCGCCCGAGUUUGCGCGGCGCGGUGCGGAAGCGGGGGGAGGAGGAGGAAGCCGGCGGCCACUGUUGACGAGGAACAUGCCGGUGCUUCCCAGAAGGCUGAGAAAUGGUGUGCUUGGCUCGGUUCCUGGAGCAAACAUAUCGGCUCGGCCGAAUAGACCGACGGCCAGGAGACCGAAGAGUAUCAAUCAUUCACCGCUGCCUGAAAAAAGUACUAGUGUACUAGUAUCAGAUUUUCAGAUAGGAAGCCUGUGUGUAGCUAUAUUGGCAUGAAAAGGAGUAUGGAAUGAGAAAAAGGAGUCUACGGCCCCGCCACAAAGUGCACCCCGCACCAAAAAAAGCUAAAAAGAAGCAAAGCUACCAGCACCGGAUCCAAAGAUCUUUGCUUUACCUCAGAAAAAGAGCAUCAAUUCAGACACAAGUAAUCUAUAUUUAUAUGCCUUGAGCUUCCUUUUGCCUCAUCUCAGCAAAGAAGAAAAGAAAGAACAUAUUCAUUGCCACCUCUCGAUCAUAUAUUCUUGCUUGCCUUGUAGCUAGUGGCAUUCCUUUGGGUUUCUGCUGCACACAGCUCACCUGACCAUCAGGCAUGGACUCUCCUCCUGUAUAUUGCUGCAGAGCAUCUCCCCCCUCCUCGCUCUCCUCCAACACUUGACGGCACCGGCCUACGCCUGCAAUCAGCCAUCUCUGGGGUGCCCAAACAGCUCGAUCAGCUGCCUCCCUGUUCGUCGGCAGCGUUGCCAAGCAAAGUUGUUGGUUCCAGCGGCGCAACGCGGCUAUGGAGGUGGCCGUCAGCGCAGCACGGUGGGUGGUGACCAAGGCGCUUGCCCCGGUGACAGAUGGCCUGCUGGAGGCGUGGGCGGCCAGCGCUGGGCUCGGCCCCAACAUUGAUGCCCUCAAGAUGCAGCUGCUCUAUGCCCAGGGGAUGCUCAACAACGCCCCGGGGCAAGGCAGGGACAUCACCAACCCUGCGCUCAAGGGGCUGCUGCACAAGCUGCGGCAGCUGGCCUACGUCGCCGACGACGCGCUCGACGAGCUGGACUACUUCCGCAUCCAGGACGCGCUGGAAGGCACCUACCACGCAGCAGCCGGCGUGGAUGACCUGGGCUGCCUCCAGGCCCUCGCCCUCAACGCUCGCCACACGGCUAGAUAUGUUGCCGGGAAGAUCAAGUCCAUGAGCUCCUGCUCGCGUGCUGCUAGCCCACUUGAUGCCCAAGAAGAUAUUGGUGGGAGCCGUGGAUGCUCAUGUGCCGGCGGAUGCAGCAUGCCCAAGGUUGCCUCUGGUGCUGUUCAAGCUGCUGUUGGUAAACACUUCCCGUGCUGCUACUCUUCUCCUCAUACCAGUGAGUUAGUCGAAUCGUCCAACGUGCCAGCUGCAAGCAAAUGGUGGCUCCUCUGUGGCGCCUGCCCACCUAAGGCACCGACACAGAGAGUUGGCACCACAGAGGAAACACCAAAACUGAAAUUUGAUAGGGUGGAAAUGUCCAAGAGAAUGAUAGACAUCGUAGAGCAGCUGAAGCAUGUAUGUGCUAUGGUCUCCACCAUUCUCAAUCUAGAGCUACUAAGCUUAAGCCGUAUUCCUAACCCAGACGUGAUUUCUAAGGAUCGACCCAAAACAACCCCACAAAUUAUAGAGCCCCAACUAUAUGGGAGGGAUGCCCAGAAAAAGAAAAUUGUAGAUGGCAUCACCAGGGGUGAAUAUUCUUCCGAACAACUUACUGUCCUUCCAAUUGUUGGGCCAGGGGGUGUUGGGAAGACUACCUUUACACAACACAUAUUUGAAGAAGUGAAGAGCUGUUUCCAGGUUAGAAUUUGGAUAUGUGUGUCUCUCAACUUCACUGCUGAUAGGUUGGCACAAGAGAUUUUGGAACAGAUCCCUAAAGAUAACAGUGAAAGUAAAAACAGUAGCAAGGAAGAGCUAAUUGAACAAAGGUUAAGAUCAAAGAGGUUCUUACUUGUCUUGGAUGAUGUGUGGAAAUAUCAUGACGAUGAGUGGAAAAAACUAUUAGCUCCGUUCAAAAAAGUUGGGACAGAAGGCAAUAUGGUUAUAGUCACAACUCGAAUUCCAGGGGUAGCAAACAUGGUCAGGACAGUUGACCAUUCUAUAGAAAUGGAACGUCUAGGUCCUCAAGAUAUUAUGUCUUUAUUUGAAGCAUAUGUAUUUGGGGACCAACAACAACCAUGGCAAGAACAUUAUGAAUUACAUGAUGUUGGGCUCAAAAUAGUGAAAAAUUUGAAGGGUUCCCCUCUUGCUGCAAAAACUGUGGGUAGAUUGCUGAGAAACCAACUUACACGUGACCAUUGGACAAGAGUUUCAGAAAGUAAAGAGUGGGAGUCACAAGUUAGUGACAAUGACAUUAUGCCAGCUCUCAAGCUUAGCUAUGAUUAUCUCCCUUUUCAUUUGCAACAAUGUCUUUCCUGUUGUGCAUUGUUUCCCGAAGAUUAUGAAUUUCAUGCAGAAGAGUUGGUUCAUCUGUGGAUUGGACUUGGUAUUUUACACUCAGAUGAUCAGAAGAAAAGAAUUGAAGAUGUUGGAUUGUGUUACCUAACUGACUUGGUUAAUCAAGGGUUUUUCAAAAAGAAUGUAUCGAGCUUUGGCAGUCCUUGUUACACCAUCCAUGAUCUACUACUUGAGUUGGUAGUGAAGGUCUCAUCAUAUGAGUGUCUUAGCAUAUCCAGCUCUAAUGUGAUGUCCAUACAAAUUCCCCCAUCUGUACGUCAUUUGUCUAUCAUUGUAGAUGAUGCGGACGUCAAGGACAAAGUGACUUUUGAAGACUACAAGAGGGGUUUGCGUGCAUUGGAAAAAAGAUUUGAAGUUCAAAACCUACAAACUUUGAUGUUAUUUGGAGAAUACCAUGCAAAUUUUUCAAGGGUUUUUCGUGGUUUAUUUUUUGAAGCCAGAGCCCUUCGUACUGUCUUUUUUUCUGGAGCAUCAUAUAAUGUGGAGGAUGUAUUGCCCAACUUUCCAAAGCUUGUUCAUCUUCGCUACUUAAGGAUCAAGUCAUCAGCUGGUUUUUAUGAUGACAAGAGCUUGUGUGUACCUAGUGUGCUGUGUAGAUUAUAUCACUUGGAAGUCAUUGAUCUACUAGGAUGGAAGGGCCGCUUCGGUUCAACAAGAUAUAUGAGCAACCUUGUAAAAUUGCGCCAUUUUGUUGUGCCCCGAGAAGAACUUCACUCUGACAUAUUUGAGGUGGGAAAACUAAACUUCAUCAAUGAAUUAAGGGCAUUUAGAGUGAGAAAAGAAAGUGAGGUGUUUGAACUGAGUCAACUAGGGAAACUAGGAAAUAUUGGAGGAUUACUUGGUAUUUACAAUCUUGAAAAGGUGCAAUCAGAAGAAGAAGCAACUGAAUCAAAACUGAUACAGAAAAGCCACAUGCAAGAGCUAAUACUAGGAUGGGAUGUUCACAGAUCUAACAGGAAUCCAACGUUUGAAGAAAAUGUGCUUGAAAAUCUUGUGCCACACAGAAAUCUUCAAUGCCUACGCAUUAGAGGGCAUGGCGGCACUAAUUGUCCAAGAUGGCUAAGUUCAAACCUCUCCGUCAAGAAUCUGGAGUCUCUUUCUCUGGAUGAUUUGUCUUGGGGAAACCUUCCACCUUUAGGAGAGAUGUGGAUGGUCAAUGGUCUUGGCCUAGAGUAUCAGAACUGUAACCUAGGCCAAAGAUUUCAAAAUUUGAAAAGGCUAGAAUUGGUUAAGAUACCAAGAUUGAGAAAAUGGGUUUGGGACAAUACUUCUCAUUUAUUCUCUCAACUAGAAGAACUCACUAUUAAAGAUUGCUCUGAACUCACUGAGCUGCGAUCUUCACAUCAUAGUUGUGAUCAGCCACAGCAAGAGAAGAGCAUGGCUUGGUUUUGUAGACUUAGGUCUCUCAGGAUAAAAGACUGCCCAAAGCUAUUGUCAUUUCCUCCAAUCCCUUGGACUUCUGGCCCUUGCUCUGCUGUGAUAGAACAGGUGGGCAACGGUCUUGAGAAGCUAGUUUACAUAGAAGAGAACGGAUCCGAAUCAACUUAUUCGCUGGAAGUGGAGGGAAAGGAUGGCCAGGAUUGUGUGUUCUUGAAUAAGUUGGUUUUCUCUAAUCUAACUUAUCUGAAAAAGUUGGUGAUGAGAAAUUGCUCUCCUCUGCCGCUCGAUCGCCUCCUAAUGCUAACAUCUUUGGAGUUCCUCCAGAUAAGUGGUUCAAGUAAUGUAUUAUCCCUGGUUGAAAGUUUGAGUCAUGUCCGAUGCCAGCUACCUGUUAAAAAGAUAAGUGUCGAGCGAUGUGGUUGCAAUGGUAAGGAAUUGACACAACUGCUCUCACUUGUGCCGGAACUCACCCAAAUGAAAAUAGUGGGUUGUGAGGAGAUAAAAUGGCUGGGUGUGGCGGAGCAAUCAUCAACAUCUUCUUCUGCCGCUGCUGCUGAAAAAUUGUAUCAUGGGCAAAUCGGCCAGCAGCAGCGAGAGUCAAAAGGGGGAGUAGACGGAGUGCUGCUCUUGACUCCCCAGCUACAGAAGUUAACCAUCGAAGGGUUCCCAGAGCUGAGCUUGCUCUCCUAUUCACUGGAAGGUGACAGGGAAGGAGGUGGGCUCCAAGGUCUCCGCUCCCUCCAAUCAUUGAAAAUAAGGAACUGCCCCAUGUUACUCCACUCCUAUUCAAUCUCUUCUAUUCCUUUUCUGACCUCUCUGCAAGAAUUAAUGUUGAUGGAUUGUGGGGAGUUCAGAGGCGAGGGCAUAGGCCCUCUCCUCGCCCAAUGCCACCUUACAAAGUUAUCCAUCUUUAAAACCCCCAACUUCUUCGCUGGUUCUGAGCCACUUGACAAGGAGCUUCUUCCCCGCUCCUCUGCACAUCAGGAGCUUGAUCUGAGGACAGAUGAUAUUGCAGGGUUCCUUGCUGCUCAUAGGUGCAGCCUUCUCUCUUCCUCCCUCACCACCCUAACUAUUGGUUCGAACGAAGAUGCCGAGCGCUUCACACACGAGCAAGCGGAGGCCCUUGUGCUCCUCACCUCCCUCCAUACGCUCGUGUUUAUUUAUUGCGAGAAGCUGCAGUGCCUCCCGGCAGGUCUAAAUAGACUUGCCAGCCUCGAGACAUUACAGAUAGUGGAGUGUCAAGUCAUUCGGUCAUUGCCAGAGGACGGCCUCCCGAGUUCUCUGCAAAAAUUGGAUAUCAGCAGAUGUCCUGCCAUCAAGUCGCUACCCAAGGGCAGCCUCCCAAGUUCGCCGCAAUUAUUAGUUAUCUACAAGUGCCCUGCUCUGAUGUCUCUGCCCAAAAACGGCCUCCCAAGCUCACUACAAAAUCUGGUAAUCUGGGACUGCCCCGCCUUAAAGUCGCUGCCGGAGGAUGGCCUCCCAAGAUCUCUGCAGGAACUACAGAUCGCUGGGUGUGCUGCAAUCAAUUCGCUGCCCAAGGGCGGACUCCCAAGAUCACUGCAAGUAUUGGAUGUCGGUUAUUGUGACAACGAGGAGCUAAAGAGGCAGUGCCGCAAGUUAAGAGGAACCAUUCCCAAGAUGCUAAUUUAAUCUGACCAAAGGGCACUUAUUCCACUUGUGCAUUCUUUUAGCCUCUUAGAAUCCAAACAUGUAUAUUUCUAUGUUGCCAUUGCCUAGCUCAACUGGUUGGGGGAGUGGCAUGCGAAUUUAGGUUCCUAUUUAUUCUUGAGGACCAGGCUUUCCUUUCCCCAAUUUUAGCUGCAUGCAUCGUUCCGAUGCAGAGGCUGGGGGCAAGCCUCCUUUUCCAUAAAAAAAAAGUGCAAGCAGCAAGAUCUCAGUUUGCAUCUUUCAUCAGUAAAUAAAACUGGGCUCUCUGUCUUGGGAGUUGUACAUUCUUUUAGCUAUGUAGAAUUCUAUCAAUCCAUGCACAUCUGGCGCACGAGGCUUGCGUGUUAUCUUUCUGUACAUUAAUCAGUUCAUCGAUGCAUAAGUUGGAUGGGUGGAUGAGAAGCUUACUUUGCUACCCCCUCAGCCACUCCAUGGCCCACAAGUCAGUUCUCGUGGGUGAUUUGAAAUUUGUUGUUUUCAAGCACUUCCGAGCAAAUAAAGGUUUACAGGUUGAGUUUGCUGGGGGUGCUCUACAGUGUGGCGAGUUAUCACGGUGCGCAAGAUUGGGGAUUCUAACCAAAAGGGGAGCACGGCUUCUCAGCAGAUUGUGGUUGGGAGUCCAUUGUGCGAGGACUAGCACAAGAUCCGCGAGCUACUUUAUUCACAAUUCUUCUUGCUUUAGAGGGCACUUCUUCUAUUGUACAUUCUUCUAGCCUCUUAGAAUCCAAGCAAGGCUGUCUGCCUUGGAAUUGCACAUUCUUUUAGCCUUGUAGAAUUCUAUCCAUCCAUGCACACCUGGCACGCAUGGUUCUUGUGUAGCAUCUUUCUGUACAUAAAUCAGCUUUGCCUCGGAGUUGUAAUUCUCUGCAUGCGUGCAACCACACACGGUUCUCAUAACAUUGAUUGAGCAUUGUGUCAAUUCCUAUGUGGCAAGACAGGUCUAACUCAACUUGUGGGUAAAGAUGUACACCCUGGAAGGUUGUCCUUGGGCAUGCCAAAACCUCUGGACAGGGCCAUAAUUCGGCGAGGCUACAGAUGAUUAGGCGAAGUCAUGGUGAGCACCGGCUCUGACGCUACUGCUUUCCGUAGUCGGGUAGAUGCAGAAGUUGGAAAGGUGGAUGAGAAGCUUACUUUGCUACCCCCUCAGCAACUCCAUCAGCCAACAAGUCAGUUCUUCUGGGUGAUCUGAAAUUGGUUGAUUUCAAGCAGUUCCUAGCAAAUAAAGGUUUACAGGUUGAGUUUGCUGGGGGUGCUCUAUAGUGCAGCGAGUAUAUCACGGUGUGCAAGGUUGGUGAUUCUAACCAAAAGGGGCUAGGCUUAGAAAGUUUGCUGGGGGUGCCCUACAGUGCGGCGAGUAUAUCACGGUAUCCAGUUGUACUUUGCCUUAUGACUGCCUCGUCGUAAGGAAAAUUAUAGCUAUAAUAGUAAAUCAAGGGGGGAAAUUAGUAUCAUUUGGGGAGACACAGCAGCUGUUUCAUUCAUCACAAGGAAGAGAUGUUUCGAUCAAACGAAAUUUAUUUCCAUUCUUUUUUUGUCUUCUGUGUUGGAAGUUGCAGUUGCAAAUCUGGUUGAAAAAAAUUAGAGGGAAAAUGCUGGUAUAUAUAUGUGUAAGUUAAUCUGCAUCUGCAAUUCUGAGUGUUAUAGCUAGAAAGAGACAGCCACCAAACAACAAAUGAUUGAAGGAAGCAUCGCAAUAGGGACCCAUCAUCCUGUUUCCUGUC